CGAUAUCCGUGGUUUGGGUUGAAAACAGGUACUACAUCCUGUGGCGGAUUCCAUCAAUAUAAAUAGCGAAGUAUGGAGAAUGUACUUCAAUUCUCUGAUACCAAGAUUAGUUAAGGAAGGAGAUGACGGCAAUUAUGGAUCAACUGCUGUCUGUGACACGAUGUGCUUGCAGGCUCUAUCAAAGCGAAUUCAUUAUGGAAAAUUUGUAGCAGAAGCAAAGUUUCAAGAGUCACCAAAUGAAUAUGGGGCUGCAAUUAGGAAACAAGACAAGGAGAAGUUGAUGGACAUGCUAACGUUUCGGAGCGUCGAGGAGGCGAUCAAAAGGAGAGUGGAAAUGAAAGCGAAAACAUUUGGGCAAGAGGUUCCUGUAAACAUAGAGCAAAAACAUGGUGCCCCAGUUUACAAAAUUAAACCCAGUUUGGUUGCUCAACUUUAUGGAGAAUGGAUCAUGCCAUUAACAAAGGAAGUUGAAGUUCAGUACUUACUCAGAAGAUUGGACUGAUUUGCAAUCAUUCUUCAUGGUCAAUGCUCAUAGUAAGUUCCCACUUAGUUCCAAUACAAUAAUCAGGUUGAGU